UUUAGUCGCUGUGACCAAAAAUUUAUUUAUUUAAAUUACAAAAUUAACCCCCCUGAGACUCUGGAUUUUCUGGUGUGCCUCAGGAAACCAAGCUUCAUGUCCGAAAUCGAACACAAAUAUUUAUCUGUGAUCUGAUUACAGGGGGCAAUGUUUCUCUCUCCUCUCUUUCUCUCUCUACAUCCAAGUGAAGACGAAAAAAAUAAGCAAAGCCAUUCGUAAACCCAAAGAAAUCUAUUUGAUUAAACAACACAUAAACCCACCACCAUCUCUCUCUCUAACAGACACCAAAUCAAACACCCUAACUUCAAAGGGACUCACCAAUUGCUUUCUCAGUGCUCACUACAGCUGUCUCUCUCUAGACACAUUACACGCACUCUCUCUGUAACGGAGGAGAGAGAGAGAAAAAAGAAAAAUGAAGCUCUCGGCAUUGCAGAGCUACGCCAACCGCCGGAGCAACAGCUUCAGAGGAGGAUCUGCGCCUUUGGAUUCGUCAGCUGACGGCGCCGUCAAAUCUCCGGCAACUGUCUUCUGGCUAAUCCUCCACGGCCUCUGCUGCCUCAUCAGCCUUGUCCUCGGCUUCAGAUUCUCUCGCCUCCUCUUAUUCCUACUCUUCUCUACCUCCACCACUAAUAAUUUCUAUUUACCGACGCCAUUCCGCACCACCGCAGAGCUCGCCGAAACCCUAACUGUUCACACGGAAGACUCUUCCUCAACUUCGCUACCAGAUCCUGAAUCGACGGUGAACAGAACCGUCGUUUCGGGAAGCAGAGUUGUGGUCGGCCGGCACGGGAUCUUGAUCCGGCCGUGGCCGCAUCCGAAUCCGGAGGAGGUAAUGAAGGCUCAUCGGAUAAUUGAGAGAGUUCAGAGAGAACAGAGGUUUCAGUACGGUGUCAAGAAUCCUAGAACUGUGAUUGCUGUCACUCCCACAUAUGUGCGAACUUUCCAGACUCUACAUCUAACUGGAGUAAUGCAUUCGUUGAUGAAUGUUCCGUACAAUCUCAUCUGGAUCGUUGUUGAAGCCGGUGGAGCCACCAACGAGACUGCUUCUUUGCUUGCCAAGUCAGGGCUUCGGACCAUCCACAUUGGGUUAGGCCAGAAGAUGCCAAUUUUAUGGGAGGGCCGGCACCAGAUGGAGGUUCAGAUGCGACUUCGUGCUCUGAGAGUUGUGAGAGAACGAAAACUGGAUGGAAUUGUGAUGUUUGCGGAUGAUAGUAAUAUGCACGGUGUGGAGCUCUUUGACGAGAUCCAAAAUGUAAAAUGGAUUGGCGCUGUUUCGGUUGGUAUUCUUGCUCAUUCAGCUAAUUUUGAUGAAGAUUUAUCAGUAAUUCAAAAGAAGGAUGAGGAGAACCUGCUUAAUCCGAUUCAAGGUCCGGCGUGUAAUUCAUCAGACAAGUUGGUUGGUUGGCAUACCUUUAAUUCACUGCCAUAUGUGGAGAAGAGUGCCAAGUAUAUUGGCGACAGGGCGAUUGUGCUGCCAAGGAAGCUUGAAUGGGCUGGCUUCGUGUUGAAUUCCAGGUUGCUCUGGAAGGAAGCUGAUAAGCCCGAAUGGGUUAAGGAUCUAACUGCGGGGAUAGCUGGAGAUGGAGAGGAUAUAGAGAGUCCAUUAUUUCUGCUCAAGGACACUUCAGUGGUAGAGCCUCUUGGGAGUUGUGGGCGCAAAGUUUUGCUAUGGUGGUUCCGUGUUGAAGCUCGUGCAGACAGCAAAUUCCCUGCCGGGUGGAGAAUUGAUCCUCCUUUGGAGGUUACUGUUCCGGCAAAACACACACCAUGGCCGGACACGCCCCCUGAACUCCCUUCCACGGAAAAGCUGAUUGCCGUCCAAGAGAACAUUGAGAAGCCUGCUACAAAGAGGUCACCAAGAUCUAAACGUUCUCGAAGUAAGAGAAAACGUGAAGCAAGCACUGUAGAUACACGAGUUUCCACAAGGCAAUCGGGAGAAAAUUAAAACCUUGUUUGCCAAGGACAUUUGAAAAUUAUACCGCUGCUUAAAUUUGGAGACUGCCAUCCUUCAGCAUCAACAAAUUCGAAGAGAGCAUAUAUUUAGAACGGAAGUACAUAUAGGAAAGCAUCUGUGGGGCGGGCCAGUUGAUGUGUGCAAUUUAAAAUUUUCUUUCCACAUAGUUUUGCUUUAAUUUUUGUUUGGGUGAUCUAUAUACUGGUCCAAUGAAAGAGGGGUGUCAACCAAAUCCCGCUGCAGUGCUGCUUCCCGGGAAAUUUGUAUCCAAUAUGCUCCUAGUUUUAUACACAAUCUCGAAAAUAGAAAGCAUAGAGUUGUGUUCACUUGUUGAGUUUAGCAAAAACAACACAUCUUUGUAAUAAAGAGUUCCUCAUUGCGAAAACAUGUCAUUGUGAUUGUAUUUUCGGUGGAAUGACUUGGCAAAGCUAAGAUAACACACUGUAGAAUUUCUAAUGAUUGUUUCGUUGGGCAAUUAAUAAAUUUGUUGUGUAA